GCCGACUUGCUCAAGCUUCUCGUCAUCCAGGAAGAGGACGAAAUGCUGACUUCGCCGCAGAUUUGGAGCAAGUUUGCAGAUGUCUUUGUUCGCCUUGGCGAUUUCUUCACCAACAGGCUGGCUGUGGAGGAAUAUCUGCGGGCUACGCUUCAAGACUUCUUGGCAGACGGUGUUUCGCACGUGGAGCUCCGAAUUGACCUCUUCCAUGACAGCGGGCUCUACGAUCUUGAUGGUCGUGAGUACCAAG